AAGAAGCAUCGACCAUAAGUAUCAGAUAUUGGGUUCAUUCCCAUAUGAAAACAUCUUAGGGCUUCUGACUCAGAUCUACUGCAUUUACAUUUUUUGCAAUGUUGAUAGGGAAAUAAGUAAUUUACUAAAAGGUCACACCAGUAUCCUCAUCAAUCCAGAAUGCACUUUGGGCUUGGGGGUAGGGGAUGAAUACAAAUACAGCUGUUUUUCAGGCAGUGGGGAGCACCUGUGUGGCCAUAUAGGUUUCGACAUGCAGUCCUGGACCAGUUUGGGAACUGAUUUAUCUAAAUUCCCUUAUUUUUGUGCAUAAACUUGCUAGCCGCAGUGAUAGCUGCAUACCGAGAUGUUGACCAAAGUAUUGGUUUUAAAUUCAAAAUAAUUUAGGUUUGGGACUUUGAGUCCCGGUCACUCAGAUUUGAGCUUGUCUGCCAUUUCUAAAACUAGAGACCAUAGGAAUGUAGCAGGUGGAGUUGAACUUGUUCAGCCCAGGGGUUGCCUCUAUUCAAUUCAUCUGGUGCGUAUCAGAUGCAUCAAUCCCCAAUGAGACCAAGUUGUUUUAGCUAACAAGCACAACAUACCCCUCUACGGAACCAAACUAUGGCACAGGGCCCAGGUAAACAAUACCCAACCAACCCUGCCCAACCGCCUCCUCCUAAACCCAAACCAAGAACCAAGUCAUUCGACCUGCCUCAACAUAUCCUGGGCCCAGGUAAUCAAGACAAAACCGACCGAGCCCCAGCACCUGGUCCCAAACCCAAACCCAAACCAGGACCCAAACCAGAUUGCCUUUUCCAACGUAUUGUCCUGGACCCAGACUAUCUGAAGCAGUGGUGGACUAGUGUGUCACUUUGGGAUUCCCUCCAAGAAGACUUCAACGGCAAGAAAGAAAAUGAGAUCAUUGCUGUCAAAGCCAGGCGGUUCCACAUUGCAGUCCAGCUGUUUGACCUGCUGAUGACUGAGAAAACUAAAGCCCUCAGCAACAACAUGAGUCAGCUGAACCUCAUCGCGGACCACUUGGACAUGGUGUCCAACAGGACCAAGGUGGCAGGGAUCAGUGGUGGGACCACAGCCGUGUUGGGGGGCCUUGCAGCAGGGGCAGGGAUUUUAUUGGCCCCUUUGACGCUGGGGGCCUCCCUGGCCAUUACUGUUGUCGGGGCGGGCGUGGCCACAGCGGGCGGAGUCGCUGGCGCCUCAGCGGCCAUCGCCCACAAAGUGGACCUGGAGAAUGAAAAGAAGAAGAUCAGAAAGGUCUUCCAGGACAACAAGGACAACAUUCAGGACCUUCAACGCUGCCUGGAGUUCAUUGUGGAGGGCAUGAACCAGCUGGCCCAGCACCCAUCCGCCUCGCUGUCCAAAGUGAAAGUGGACCCUGUGAAGCUCAACAUGGUGUACCAUCUGGGCGGGGGCGUGUGUCCUCGCGCCAUCGAGGCCAACGUUAAGGCAUCGGGGAUCAUGGAGGGGCUCGCCAUAGGGCUCGAUAUGUUCUUCAAGGAUGGAAAAGGAGCGACCAAGAAUAAGCUUGGAUCCAAGUGUGCCGCCAAACUGCGUGUGUUGGUGCAGGAGAUGGGCACGGGGCUGAGGGAGUUUGAGAGAGCCAAAGAGUCGCUCAAGGUGUUUCUUCCAUGAACAAGAACAUGGAGAUAUCUGGCGCGCUGGCCUUUAGCUAAUCAACUUGGCACACACACACACACACACACACACACACACACACACACACACACACACACACACACACACACACACACACACACACACACACACACACACACACACACACACACACACACAUUUGAAUUUACAUUAAGGGCAUUCAGCAGACGCUUUUAUCCAAAGUGACUUACAAUAAGUACAUUUGUCAGAAGCGAACACCCACACACAUACAAACUAAAGGGACAUGCUUUUCUUUCUUUUAUUUGGUUUCUAUGUAGUAAACUGGAUUUAUCUCCAUUUUCUUUGUUAAUUACCUACUUUUUUGUGCGGGAUAAUAUACAUUUUAUUGGUGAUAAAAUUAAAACAUAUUAUAUUUUAUAUGUGUUUUUAUUUUAUUGUAAGGAUACACAUAUUAAAUACUUAUAUCUAAAUGGUGUGUACAUUGAAAUGCUGCUAUAAUUUUUAUCGAAUCGUAAGGCAACAUCGGUCUUUUUUUUUUUAACUGUUGGGCACCCGGAAGUGUACUUUAGCAGGACUAACCUUCCAAUGUUCUCGUUUUCCUGAUGGUAAUAUGUGGCUUUCUGUGUUUCAGAGUUUUACCAUUUAUCUAUAAUUGAUGGGGUUUUACUGCCGACCUUUUUAAGGUUUAUAGUUCAGUGCCAAUUUGCUGCUAGCAUAGUUACAGAUGAUUUCAAUAUGGGACCUAUUUUUGUUAACAUGUGAUCACGCGUCUGGCCAAUUACAAAAAAGGUCAUCGCGGAGUAAUAC